GGUGUGGGAAAAGAAAGAUUGAAAAGAAGGAAGAGAUAGAACCCUGAAAAUUGAACUGAAACAGGACAAAAAGACAGAAGCAAGGAAAGUGAACUGAAUAAAACACUUGAUACAAACCCUGAAAAUUGAACUAAAACUGAAUAUAAAGACAGAAACAAGGAAAGUGAACUAAAUAAAACACUUAAUACCUCGGAAGAAAAAAGAAAGAAAUGGAAACUAAACUGUAGGAAAAGAGAUAAUUAGAUACAACCAGGAAACUUUGAAGUAAAAAGAUAAAAAAAAGAUUUAUGGCAAUUAGAAAAGAGAAAAGGAGAAAUUGAAGUACUGUACUAUUAGGAGAGACAGAAGAUUGUAGCAUUUAGAAAAGGAAGAAAAAAGGUAGGAAGAUUGAGCCGUUUUAUUAAAAGAAGAGACAGAAGAAGAAAGACAAACCAUUGAAUUACUUAGAGAGGCAGAGAGGAGAGACAAAACCAGAGAGAGAGAGAGAGAGAGAGAAUAUUGAAGUACUGUAAUAGAAGGAGAGAGAGAAAAAUAGAGCCAAACCAUUGAACUACUGAAGGAGGCAAAGAGGAGAGACAAACAGAGGUAGAAAGCAGAGAGAAAGAAAAAAGAUUGAGAUUGAAAUACCGUAUUAGGAGAGACGGAAAGCCAAACCAUUGAACUACUGAAGGAGGCAAAGAGGAGAGACAGACAGAAGCAGGAGGCAUACCAAGAAAACAAGAAAGCAGGGAAGCAGAACAGCAGAGAACACAGAGCCAUGGCGUGCUGCAGAUCGCCAGUGCUGCCGAGGGUCACAAGGGGGAGGCUGUUUGACAAAGAAUCUGAGGAGGAUGACGUAGUGAAGCGGGAGGCCGGCAUCCUGGCGCUGGCCGAGCAGUACAAGAAGGCGGGUCAGGCCCACCAGCUGGCACAGCUCAUCAAGGACACGCGGCCGUUCCUCUCCCAGAUCUCCAAGGCCAAAGCGGCCAAGCUGGUGCGCACCAUGGUGGACAUGUUCCUGGACCUGGAGGCCACCACGGGCUUGGAAGUGGAGGUCUGUCGGGACAACAUAGAGUGGUCCAAGCUGGAGCGACGCACCUUCCUGCGGCAGUCCCUGGAGGCACGGCUGGUGGCGCUCUUCUACGACACAGCACAGUACUCGGAGGCACUGGCAUUGGGCUCACAGCUCCUUAAGGAACUCAAGAAGCUGGAUGACAAGAACCUGCUGGUGGAGGUGCAGCUUUGGGAGAGCAAGACUUACCAUGCCCUGGGCAACCUUCCCAAGGCCCGUGCUGCCCUCACCUCAGCCCGCACCACUGCCAACGGCAUCUACUGUCCCCCUAAGCUGCAGGCUGCCCUGGACCUGCAGUCCGGCAUCCUGCACGCCGCUGAGGAGAAGGACUUCAAGACGGCCUUCUCUUACUUCUAUGAGGCCUUCGAGGGCUACGACAGCAUCGACAGCCCCAAGGCCCUUACUGCCCUCAAAUACAUGCUGCUGUCCAAGAUCAUGCUGCAGUGCCCUGAGGACGUGCACAGCAUCGUGAGCGGCAAGCUAGCGCUGCGACACAGUGGCUCCCACGUGGACGCCAUGAAGGGCAUCGCGGCCGCCAGCAGCAAGCGCUCCCUGGCGGACUUCAAGGUGACGCUGGGCAAGUACAAGGAGGAGCUGGAGGGCGACAUGAUAGUGAAGGCGCACCUCAACACCCUGUACGACAGUAUGCUGGAGCAGAACCUGUGCCGCAUCAUUGAGCCCUACAGCCGCGUGCAGGUGUCCUACGUCAGCCAGACCAUUGGCCUUCCGCAGGACACCGUGGAGCGUAAGCUGUCCCAGAUGAUCUUGGACUCCAAGCUGACAGGCAUCCUGGACCAGGGCGCUGGCGUGCUCAUCGUGUGGGACCCAGUCACCAAGGACAAGACCUACGAGUAUGCCUUGGACACCAUCAAGGCCAUGGAGAAGGUGGUGGACGUGCUCUAUCAGAAGGCCAAGAAGCUAACGUAAGGCUGUGCCGUCAUAGCAAGCGCAGUGUGACACUUGGCUCGGGUGGGGGUGCGCGCCGCCCCCGGGCCCUCGCCGUUCCUCGCCGAGUGGGUGCCUGGGAGAUUUUCUUUAUUUUUUUGAGGAGGCGCGAGGAGUGAGAGUCCGGCGGCUCGGCCCCCGCCCACGUGUAAAUAAAGACUAGGGCGUGGCGAGGGAGGAAGUUUUGUCUGGCAUCGGUGAGGUGCGUCUGUUUUGCCCCUUUUAUUCUUUGUAUACUUACACACUGUUCAAGUGGAUGUAUGAACCACUUUUAAGUUAUUGACUAUCAAGUUUUUGUGAGGAAAAGGGUCAAAUUUUGUAUGUUGUUUGGUAACUCUAGGAGCACUAGGAAUAGCUGACAUUAUUAACACUCAAGACAAACCUGGACUCUCAAUCAAAAAUUGUCCUCUACUAAACCUUAUUUUUCACGUCCGGACCUUGACUGUUGCCACUUGCUGUUGUUUACCUGAGGGGCCACAUCAGCCCCACCAUGGGGGCCGGCAGCGGUGGCAGCCCCGCCCUGCCCCGUGCCCCACCCAUCACCUGGAUCAGUCAACUUAUCUCAAGAUUUGACUUUCAGAUAUUUUAUAAAUUAAAAACUAUAUGAUAUUGCUGCUUUGAUUCAGCCCUGGUGGUGUGCUGGAGUGGUAGGGAUGUGAACGCUCUGGCCCACUACACGCCGAGCUGCAAUCCUCUGUCCUCUGUGGGUUUCUAUAUCAGACCUCAAAUUUCCUUCCUAUAUACUAGAGUACACACUAAUGAACUCAUGGAUUUCACAACUAUUCAUAAGGAUUAGAAGACUAGUGUGAAUAUUCUGACUAUUGUGAUAAUAAGACACAACUUCACAACUACCAUGAAUAUUCAGACUGGUUAAUAUAAUGCUAUGUACUGUACAGAUCUUGAGGCUCCUUAUAGUACAGAUUCCAAUGCUCUUUUAUAAGGAAUUAUUCCUUUAUAAGGAAUUACACAUAGUAUUCUGCCUUCUAAAUGAUGAUAAGUAAAAUUGAUCACUAACUGGUAAUAAAGUCAAGUAUUACUGUC